AUGGCCACAUUGAAGAGAACCGCCAGCAAGCUUCAGCACGAAGGCCGCGAUCAAAAGCACGCAGAGCCACAUGGGCAGGGGCAGCCAACUCCGAAUCCGAACCCAGCGGCAGCGGCGGCGAUCGCGUUGCGUCCCAGCGGGUCCCGCGACAGCAGCUCUUCGUCGUCGGCUUCGUGGAGCACUAGCAUGCCCGAGGAGUACGGCACCUUGGACUCGACGAGUACGUCGACCAGCACGGCCACGUUGAGGAGCGGAGGAAGAGGCAAGCGUCGGCACAGCGACACCGCGUACCGCGGUCGCAGAAAGCGGUCCACCGACACCGGAACCGAGACGGAGCCGCAGGAUAAAAGGGGCACCAAGUUCUGGAUUUACACCGUGGUGGCCACCACGCUCGUCAUCGCCACGACCAGCGCUAUCGGCAUGUCGCUGCGCGCAACCGAAGCCGCGACGCCAGAGCCACCGGAGUACACCCUGCCCAAAGGUGUGACGGUCACCGUGCCGACAGCGCCCAAGUGUAACUGCGCCACGGCGGGUCCCGGCAGCUCCGAACCAGGGAGGCGUCGGCGGCACUCGAAGACCGAAAGCCCGGACAAGUUGGCGGCGAGCGGCGGCAACAAGCUUCGAAUUCCUCAAAACUCGCAGAAGGUGGCCGGCAAGGCUACGCGGUCCCUCGUCGCGUUCAAGAUCGGACCGGGACGACCAAAGAACGUCGGCGAGCCAGCCACUUCGCCAAAGCACGCCAUUCGAAACCGCACAAGCGCGCGAAAGACGUCAAAGCCGCGCGCGAGGCGACGAGAACAACCCCGGUCCACGAAGACGCGGGCGACGGUCAAGAACGCCGCCAGAAAGGAAGAGAGCACCACCAGCGCUACCUCGAGGACUUCACCUCCUGGGUCCACGAAGACGGUGGAGUCGUUCGUGAAGCGCGAAGUCAACGAGGCGGCCGACUGGGAGCGUGAGAGACCGCCAGUUAACGCUGAACGGCGGUCGUCGAAUGCUGCGGCGAAGCCUAGCGACGGCGCAGAGAAAGGCGGCGCCCUCAACGCGGCAGCGCGCCACGCCGCGGGCACUGCUGUGUUUACUAAGCGUCGAAGACGCGGCUGA